AUGACAAACACCAGCUUUCAGAACUUUAUCUUUGGUUUCUGUACAAGCCUUCUUAUCAUCACAACCCUAAGCCAUAGCGGGCGUGGGUUGUCAUCGAAGGAACAUGCACCCGUUUUCAUCUUCGGGGAUUCAAUAUAUGAUGCUGGAAACAAUAACUAUAUAAACACUAGUUAUCGGGCAAAUUUUCGGCCAUAUGGUGAAACCUUUUUUAAGAACCCAACAGGAAGAUUUUCAGACGGUCGUCUAAUUUCAGAUUUUAUAGCUGAGUACGCAAAACUACCUAUUAUUCCACCGUAUCUACAACCCGGCAAUCAGCAAUUUACAGAUGGUGCAAAUUUUGCAUCUGCAGGAGCUGGUGCUCUGGUUGAAACUUUCCACGGUUUGGUGAUAGACCUUAAUUCUCAACUUUCAAAUUUUGAGCGAGUUCAUGAGUCACUGAGGAAGAAUUUAGGGGAUGAAGAAGCGAACACUUUGAUAUCAAGAGAUGUUUACUUGUUUAGUGUUGGAGGCAACGAUUACUCAUACAUAUUCGGGACAAACUCCAGCAUCCAGCAUCCUCACAGGGAAUUUGUAGGAACUGUUCUAGGCAACAUAACUGCAGCAAUCAAAGAAAUAUAUAACAAAGGAGGAAGAAAAUUUGGGUUUCUUAGCCUUGAUCCUCUUGGUUGUAUACCAUACUCAAGAGCACUUGAGAAGGAACAAAAAGAUGGAUGCUUUGAGGAGAUUACACCGUAUGUAGAAUUCCACAAUGAAGAAUUUCCCAAACUCCUUCAAAAGCUGGAGACUGAACUCAGGGGAUUUAGAUACUCGCUUUCCAACUAUAAUGAGUUUCUGCAUCUAGUCUUGCAAGUGAUUGAGAACAAACCAACCGAGCAAGAUUUUUUCUUUCAUGAUUUCGUUUCGUUUCUUUUAAAUUUGUUUCGUGUACUUGAGUUUCGAGGAUGUAUAGCUGCAUAUCUAUGCGUGACAACUAUCACAGUUUUGCCGACUGCACCUAGCUGCUUGCCUUCGUUUUAUUUCAUUUAG